AUGUCAGGCGCAGUACCGACGCGCCAGACACUCCGCCACCUCCGACGGCUCUGCUUCAUUGACUCGCCAACACCUACGACUGCAACCACGAGGAGGAGGCAAACCUCCCUACAAGGUUCGCGACCUAGAAUAGUGCACAAUGCUCGACGAGCAUUUAGCACGACAAUCUCGCAUGCCCAGAGGUCCCCGGCGCAGGCUCCCACCUCUGCUCAAGCUCAAACGCAUGCCACAAAGACAGAGCCCUCCAAACAAGAGGAGGAGUCGACGCUUUCGACCACUCCUCUAGAUGUGUCCAACUACUACACGCUCUUCCCGUCGACACUCCCCUCGGGUCCCCCACCAACGGGCCCAUUCGAUAUCCCCCUCCCGCAACUGCGCCGUGAGUUCCUGCGACUGCAGUCUCAAUACCACCCGGACAAAUUCCCGCCGGGCACGGCCUCCCACCAGAAAUCCCUCGCCCUCUCAUCACUUUUGAACAAUGCCUACAAGACCCUCUCAGACCCGCUUUUACGCGCGAGGUACCUUCUCCAGCAUAAUCAUGGCAUUGACAUCACCCACGAGGAUAAUGCAACGCAUGCGGGAGUAACGGACCAGAGUACGUUGUUGGAAGUCAUGGAGGCGCAGGAGACUCUAGAGGAAGCGACUACUCAUGACGAAAUCGAAACAUUAAUGGAAGAGAACAUAGCAAGGAUAAGGGAAACGGAGAAGGCCUUGACUGAUGCCUUUGAAAAAGACGAUGUCGAGAGUGCGAAAAGGGAAUGCAUCAAACUAAAUUAUUGGCGCAGUUUGCAUUCUGCGUUACAUGAAUGGGAACCAGGAAAGCAGGUCAGGUUGAUGCAUUGA